AUGUCGUCUUUGGUUUAUUUCUCAGUUUCAUUCUAUUUCUAUCUAUCUAUCUAUCUAUCUCAGGCUAUUACUUUAUUUCUAUCUCAGUCUAUUUCUUUCUUUCUUUCUCUCUCUCUCUCUCUCUCUCUUUCUUUCUUUCUAUCUAUCUAUAUCUAUCUAUCUAUCUAUCUAAUUAAGUCUAUUACUUUCUAUGUCAGUCUAUUUCUAUCUAUCUAUCUAUCUAUCUAUCUAUCUCAGGCUAUUACUUUAUUUCUAUCUCAGUCUAUUUCUUUCUUUUUUUUUCUCUCUCUCUCUCUCUCUCUUUCUUUCUUUCUUUCUAUCUAUCUAUCUUAUCAAGUCUAUUACUUUCUUAUUAAGUCUAUUACUUUCUUUCUAUCUCAGUCUAUAUCUAUCUAUCUAUCUAGGGAUAAUCCCUGCAUGGUGGUUAUUAGUAGCUGCGAUUCUAUCUAUCUAUCUAUCUAUCUAUCUAUCUAUCUAUCUAUCUAUCUAUCUAUCUAUCUAUCUAUCCACACGCGCCUAUAUAUAUAUAUAUAUAUAUAUAUAUAUAUAUAUAUAUAUAUAAAAUACAUUUAUCUCCUUACUCUUGUUUUUCUAUCUAUCUAUCUAUCUAUCUAUCUAUCUAUCUAUCUAUCUAUCUAUCUAUCUAUCUAUCUAUCUAAGUCUAUUACUUUCUUUCUAUCUCAGUCUAUUUCUUUCUUUCUUUCUUUCUUUCUUUCUUUCUUUCUUUCUAAGUCUAUUACUUUCUUUUCAUCUCAGUCUAUUUCUAUCUAUCUAUCUAUCUAUCUAUCUAUCUAUCUAUCUAUCUAUCUAAUUAGCUCUAUUACUUUCUAUAUCAGUCUCUUUAUAUCUGUCUAUUUGUUUCUAUUCCCCCAUCUAUCUAUCUAUCUAUCUAUCUAUCUAUCUAUCUAUCUAUCUAUCUAUCUAAUUAGCUCUAUUACUUUCUAUAUCAGUCUAUUUAUAUCUGUCUAUUUGUUUCUAUUCCCCAUCUAUCUAUCUAUCUAUCUAUCUAUCUAUCUAUCUAUCUAUCUAUCUAUCUACUUUUAA